CAACAAAAUUCAGAAGGUUUCCCACAAUCCUCGUGUAAAUUUCAGAUUUUAAUUGAUGUCUCCUAUAAUUUUAGGCAAAUUUUAAAUAAAGGUUUUAAUAGUUUUCCAAAAUUUUACAUAGCGAAAUGAUUUUAAGCAACACGCCAGCAAAAUCUCUACAAAUCUCCCCGAAUGGAACAUUAACCUUCACACAAACCAACAACCGUCAGGAAGUCAACAUAAGAAAUGUUUCCGAAAAGCCAGUCACCUAUAAGGUGCAAAGCACGGUGUACGGCAAGUUUAAUAUCCGUCCCCGUUGGGGAGUCCUGAGUCCCAACGAGCACUCACGGGUUCUCAUAACAAUGUGCAAGGAUGCCGAGCUCUCGAGAAAGGGCCGCGACAAGAUAGUGGUGGUCUGCAUGCUGGCCCCCAUCAAUGCUGUGGACUUCCAACUGACCUCCUCCUUCUGGCGCCACAGUAUCUGCUAUGAUCCCAAUAUCGAGAAGCACCAGCUCACCUGCCAUCAAAUGGAUGGGGCUGGCGAGGGCGGUGAUGGGGACCCAGUGGAUGGGGAUCUGAGGACUCGCAGGGGGCUAUUCCCCUCGUUCGGCAGUAUUCGCACUCCCAGCAAGUACUGGCGCUAGUUUUCGGUAGGGCUUUCCUCCUCCUAGAGUGUCAAUUAACCCGCCCGACUAUUUUGCCCUAAUGGCUGCAAUGACUAAGUAAUUGGUUAGCAGCCCUACCUUGUCGUUUCGUGUGCCUCUGCCUCGAUGGGCCCAACAUUGUUGAUGAUGAGCCUUCAUUAAAAACCAAGAGCGUGUCUAUCCGGCUGUCCCUAUGGGUGUGUGUGUUGGAUAUCAAGUGGCUGCUCGAAGGAUGCUCAAGGAUACUGCUAACAUGAAGUGCGUUUAGCCUACACACAACUGGCUGAUAAAAAGACGUAAAUUGCUUGCACUUGCUCUACCUUUACUGGCAAUUAGGCGAACGUUAGCGAAGGCCUUUGAACGUCGGAUAUUCCCAUCGAUUGACAUCCUGACGGGUCAACCAGCAGGUUGCCCGGCAAUUAACCAACCAAUUUUGUAACUCGAAGCGUUAAGCAAUUAAAGGGUCGAAUAAUGUAGUGUGGUAAUGGAAGC